UUACACUUAAAAUAUCAAUAGGUAAAAGACUAAUAUACCCUAGCUUAAUCAAAGGAGAUGGAGAAGUCGUCGUUGUCUCCACCUGGUGAACGCCUCCGUCGCCGCCGAAUCAUUAUAACCACCUCCAUAGCUUUUUGGCUUCGUUUCUGCAUCUCUUUUGCAAUCUGUUUCAUCUUCGUGGAAGGCUUGGUUGGUUCAGCAAACGUGUUCGUCUGAGAAGCCAACUCUGAUGAUCCGAGGGGAUCAAUCAGAACUGAUUGGAUUGCAGGGGAAUAUGAAAAAGAUCGGGAUUGAUAGGGGCUGGGAGAUAUUACGAUCUACAAUCUACACAGAUACAUGUGAUCUUGGGUCUUCAAGUGAUGAUGGCUUGGAUAAUAAAGGUAUGAUUUUUCUUCUAUUCAGUGGGAGAUCUGUUUGGAUUUACUUGGUGUAUCGACAGAGGAGUCAACGAUUUGUUAGAAGUGGUGCCUGGAAAGUUUGGAUUGGGUUAUUAAUGUGGCUCAGGAUUAUAGUGAUACUUGAAGAUAACCAGAUUGGAGAGAGAGAGAGGAGAAGGUCGAGUUACGAUGGAUGUGGAGAAGAAACAUGGGACAGGAAGGUUAUGUUUAAGAACCAGUUUGUGAGCGACAAUGCUUACAGAGCCAGUUUGUGAGCGACAAUGCUUUGGGUGAAACGAGGUCGUUACCUUUACUCACACUGUACUAAUGCGCUUCAACGUCAACAUGUACAAGCCGAGUGGCAAGGAGAUCGUCGCACCACGCAAACAUCCUACAACGACUCCUUUCAGUGGCAUAAAGAAAGAAGAAGGUGAGAGUAGCUACAAGGACGUGAAGAAGGAAGAUGAAGCAUGUAAGUCUGUGGACGGAGUUGAGAUUGAAACCACAAAGAAGAAAGCUGAGGCUUCUAAAACAUCCUCCAAGAAGAAGAAGAGCAAGAAAGUGGUGAAGGAAGUAGAUGAAUCAUCGAGAGGCAGAAAGAAGAAAGCUGAGAAACUCAAAACAUUCAAGAAAAAAGAAGAAGAUCAAGAAAAAUGGUGUUCCAGAGUUCGAAAUCACCAUAAGGAAAUCAUACCUCAAGUUCUUGUUGUCUGAGGGUGUUUGAAAAGGAUCAUAUCCCGAGUGAGUCUAUGGAGUACACGAUCAAUCACUCAAAAAGGAAGUCUUCAUGGAACGUGCUUUGCUUGGUGAGGGAGAAUCGAACAGUCUUCUCAAGUGGAUGGAGUAGAUUGGCAAGAGAGUUCCCUUUGAAGGUUGGUGACAGGUGUACCUUCAGGCUCAUCAAACCCACUGAGUUUAUCCUCAUCACCAAGAAGGCCAGAAAAGAGAGUACUGUGGUUGACUGAUGGAAGGAAUGAUGUUUAGCGUCUUGCUUUCGCUUAUAUCUGUGGAGACAAUAUGAUAUCACUUUAACUAAUAUGUAGUGUUUCUCUGCGUUCGCUGUUGUUUAUGAUAUUGGUCAUGAGACUUAAUUUUGUUUAUAUGCAAAUCAAUGGUUAGUUAUUUAACAUCUUA